AUGAGUUUGGUAGUGGACUGUAGGAGACAGGAGUCGCAGCCAGCCAGCUAUCAGUCUCAACACAGUCCUCUUGCCCUUCGCUGCUCAGGCGCUCACUGCCUCGCGCGUCACCGAGUUGCCGGUCGCCUCUCAACCAGUCAGCCUCAACGCCUCACGGCCCUCACCCAAGUCAGACUCUUGGUUCUUCCCUUCUUCCAAGUUCCAAUUAUCAAGGUUGGCAAACUGACUGAAAUAUCGAAUGAAGAAAAAGCUGAGCUAACCUUGUUUAUGGAAAUAGAACUUGGCAAGGAUUGGGAAUCCAUCCCUCUGCCAGAGAGACCAGACAUUCUUCUAUUCUUCAAACGUUAUGACCCUCUUAGGCAGGAGAUACGGUGGCAAAGCUAUUAAUGAAAAAGGGCAUACCUAACACCAGAAAGUAAAUUGCACAUUUUUGCUUCAAGGCAGCUUUUCUCUUAAGUAAACAUGUUUAUUUGUACAGUUUCACCUUUCAAAAUAGCCAACGCCCAAUAGAUACAUUACUAUGGUUAUUUGUUAUAAUUAGUUUCUUUGUCUUUAGUCUUUACAAAGUUGUAUGAAACAUUUCAUUUUGGUAAUGAUGAUGAUAUCUUAUAAUAUAUUGAUCGAGUUUACUUUGAUUG